AUGACUACGCCUGGUGACUGGUUAGGUCAGCAGACGGCCAACAUCAAUUUAAAUAAUCACGAAACACUUACAAGACUCGUGGAUGGGAUCAUAUGUCCAGGAGCAGAUAUGUUUCUCGAGUGGCGACAUAUUUGUGAUGGGUUCACUCAGUGCACAAAUGGGGCUGAUGAACUUAAUUGUCAUCUGUUGGAAUUUUUUAAAUGUGAAACCGACGAAUUUCAGUGUCGCAAUGGAAUGUGUAUUCCAGCCGAAUUUGCCUUCGAUGCAACACCUGAUUGUAUGGAUUCGAGUGAUGAACAAGCGCUUGAUGUGCUCUACAAACGACACUCUCAGUGCGCAAAAGAGUCACCGUCUGAAUGCGAUGAUCGACUGUGUCAUAAAGAUCAGUUUUCAUGUGGAAAUGGUGAAUGCGUUCCAUGGUCAGCAAUUCUAAACGACCAGAACGAUUGCGGUAACGUCCGUGAUAUCGCCUACAUUUGUGAAACAUCGAACUUGGUACUACUGACUUAUGGAGAAUGGCUUGGUAUUUGUAAACAAACGAUGGAGUUUGCUCCUCCAUUGACAAACAAGUCAGACUGUCGACAAACUCUUGGACAUUUACUACAAACUAAUCCUUCCCAGCAAUUCAAGGAUCUUGCCAUCAUCAAUCUCAGAACUCGUUGUGAUAAUCUAACCUUAUAUUUAGAGCAAAAUGCUUUCUUUCCAGGGUUCAAAAUGGUAUACAAUCGCUCUCGUAUUGAAGUAUUCAUCAGCAAUCCAAGUAAUUCACGCAGACCGAUACCAAAGACACCCGAUCUAUACUAUUUCACUGGUGCUAUCGUCUGCGGCGCGUUAUCAUUAAAUAUAUCGGAAAAAAUCUGGUUUACCCAUCAAGAAUUGCAAGAACUCAGUUCUUAUCCAUUUUUUCCACUUGGUUUGUCAAAAAAUAAUGAAUGA